UUGAUUGUGAAAAAUGUCUGCCCUCAUGAGGAAGUUGAGAUUGUAACUGUCAAGGAGCCAUGUGUGCAGGCAUACACAAAGUACAUUAGAAGUAGAAAACCUGGCUGUCAUGGAAAAUUCCGAGCUUGUUCUGUUCGUGAGCCGAAAGUUGUAUAUUUCCACACAUAUAAGAAAGUUAAUCGUACUCGUCGUCAUGUAACACCUGAGUGCUGUCCUGGAUGGAACUUCGUUUCUGGAAUAGGAUGUCAACGUGCUAAUUGCUCAUCAGACUUAUGCCACAAUGGAGGAACAUGCUUGCCUAUACGUAAUGGUACUGAUCAAAUCUGUGAAUGUGCAACAGGAUUUACGGGAAUUAAAUGCCAAUAUGAUGUUAAUGAGUGUCUCGUAGAUAAUGGUGGAUGUCAUCAUGAUUGUGUUAAUACUAUUGGCACUUUCUAUUGUCGAUGUUGGCCUGGUUUUGAACUUGCGGAAGAUGGCAAAAUGUGUAAAGAUAUUGAUGAAUGCUCUGUUGUUAACGGGGGAUGUUCUCACCGUUGUAUAAACACUCCAGGAGGCCAUAGGUGUGAUUGUCCACCCGGAUUACAACUCGAUAGUAAAGGCAGAAAAUGCGUUGAAGCCAACAGUUGUUCUUCGGACAACGGAGGGUGCGAUCAUAUUUGUGAAGAACGCGAUGGACGGUUCUUCCGAUGCAAAUGUCGGCAAUCCUAUGAACUAAGCGAUGAUAAACGAACAUGUGCCCCUAUUGAUCCAUGUAAGAAAGAUAAAGCUGGAUGUCAUCAUCAUUGCGUGAGCGAUAAUGGUCGUGCUAGAUGCCAAUGCUAUCCUGGAUAUCGUUUAGCAUAUGAUAGACAAAGUUGUGUUGAUGUUGAUGAGUGCAUAAUAAAGAAAGGAGGUUGUCAGCAUGAGUGUGUCAACAUGUAUGGAUCGUACAGAUGUCAAUGUCGAUUCGGGUUCACUCUCUCCGAAGAUGGUAGAAGCUGUGAGGAAAGAUUAGGAGGUUGCCAAGUUGCAAACGGUGGUUGUCAGCAUGACUGUUACGAUCAACCUGAUGGUGGGCAUAUUUGCAAAUGUCGCGAAGGAUAUGAUUUGGAUGACGAUGGCUCCAGUUGUCACGAUACCAACGAAUGCGAAAAAACUAAUGGAGGUUGUAGCCAACUGUGCGUCAAUAAACCCGGGUCUUUCGAGUGUCAAUGCAAGCCAGGAUAUUUGUUAUCAUAUGAUGGCAAGAACUGUGAAGAUAUUAACGAAUGCUCGGAAAGUAAUGGAAGCUGCCAACAAACUUGCUUGAAUCUCGACGGACAUUAUGAAUGCUCUUGUAGAGAUGGAUACCGCUUGGCAAAUGAUAGACAUACUUGCCACGAUAUCAACGAAUGUUUAAUCAAUAAUGGAGGAUGUAGUCAACUUUGUCGAAAUGAAGACGGAGCAAGACGCUGUGAAUGCUUUGCAGGUUUUGAAUUGGACGAAGAUGAAAUGUCUUGCUCAUCAGUAGGAUUGAUGGUCAGUGGCGGAAGUCCUACCCAAGCUCUGACAGCUUGCCCCAAAGGAACCUUCGGUCCAAAAUGUCAUUUCACAUGUGAAGAUUGCAAGAACGGGGGAACAUGUACGGAGUCGUCUACGUCAUGUGAAUGUCCCUCAGGAUAUGCUGGGCCAAUUUGUGAUGAUGUGUGUCCGGAUGGUACGUGGGGUAUAGGAUGCAAUCAAAUUUGUCGAUGUGAACGCGGUACAUGCGAUCCUAUUAGUGGACAGUGCCGAUGUGUGUCACCAAAUGAAGAUUGCGCUUCUGGUCAGGGACCCUGUCCACCUGGAUUUUAUGGAGCAAUGUGCCAAUUGAAAUGCCGCAUGAACUGCGAGCCAGAUGGAAGAUGCGAUCCCAUGUAUGGAUAUUGCACUUGUUCAGAAGGUCAUUAUGGAGAAAAAUGUGAUAAGAAGUGUCCUUCUUUUGCAUUUGGUAAAAACUGUCGACACUCGUGCAAAUGCGUGCGGGAGAAUUCAGAUGGUUGUGAUUCUAAGACUGGAAAAUGUGUGUGCCGUGCAGGGUUUUAUGGACCUACUUGCAAGCGUCCUUGUCCCCCCGGAUUUUAUGGCUCAAGUUGUGCCAAAAAGUGUCGUUGUCCAGAAGGCAUAAGAUGUGACUCGUCAACUGGAGAAUGCACAAAAAAGUGUCCACCAGGGUAUAUGGGAGAUAAAUGUGAUCGCGUUUGUUCACCUGGGUUUUAUGGUUAUGAUUGCAAUUCAAAAUGUGACUGUAGUGGCCAAGAUGGGCAACCCCUCGUUUGUCAUCAUGUCACUGGCACAUGUAGCUGUUUGUCUGGUCUCACUGGUUUAAUGUGUGAUGAGAAAUGCCCAGUGGGCUUGUAUGGUCCCAACUGUGCACACGAAUGUUCAUGCAAGAACGGGGCUGAUUGUAAUCCUAAAGACGGGAGUUGCUUGUGUUCCCCAGGCUUUUAUGGCGCUUUUUGUAGCGAAGUCUGUCCAUCUGGUAGAUGGGGCAAAGACUGCAUGAAAUUAUGUGAUUGCCAAAAUGGAGGAAUCUGUAGUCCAACUAACGGUCACUGUGAAUGUCGAGCAGGUUGGCAUGGAGAAAAAUGCGAAACGAGUUGUGUGCGUGGAAUGUUUGGGAAGGGAUGCAGCCAGAAAUGCGAUUGCAACGAUGGAAUGCACUGUGACCCAUUGGAUGGAGAAUGCAUUUGCCCACCUGGCAAGAGAGGAGCUAAAUGCGACAAAAUGUGUGAGCAAGGCCAUUUUGGUGCUGCAUGUAGAGGAGUGUGCAGUUGUAGCAACGGAGGAUCCUGUGACCCUGUGACAGGUAGCUGUAGUUGCGCACCCGGCUGGAGAGGAAAAAGAUGUGAACGUCCCUGUCCUGACGGGCGAUAUGGUGAUCAAUGCAGAGCAAUUUGUGACUGCAGCACUUCUAAUGAUACGUCUGUGUAUAAUCCUUUCGUUGCAAGAUGCGAUCAUAUAUCUGGAGAAUGUAGAUGUCCUGCUGGUUGGACAGGCCCUGAUUGCGAAACUCCUUGUCCUCCUGGAAGAUGGGGGUCCGGAUGUCGAAGCUCAUGCAGCUGUGCCAAUGGAGGCUCAUGUGAUCGUCUCACAGGCUUCUGCGAUUGCCCUGCCGGAUUCAUGGGUAAAGACUGUGAAACAAAAUGUCCUUCUGGAUUUUGGGGGCCGGGUUGUAUAACUCAUUGCCUUUGCAUGCAUGAUGGAGGUUGUGAUCCAUUAACAGGAGCAUGUACUUGUGGCGCCGGCUGGACUGGCAAAGCUUGCGAAUUUUUGUGCCCGUUCGGGUUAUUUGGAAUAGACUGCAAACAAUCUUGCAAUUGUCUUAAUGGAGCAGGAUGCAACCGCAUUGACGGAAAAUGUGAAUGCUUACCUGGAUGGGCUGGCGAGCGCUGUGAACUUUCUUGUCCCAGCGGCUCAUAUGGAAAGGGAUGUGAGGAUGUUUGCGACUGUGAUAAUGGAGCUACAUGUGAUGCUGUGAGCGGACAUUGCACUUGCCAAUCUGGGUGGAGAGGUAGAAAAUGCAAUAGACCUUGCAUAAAAGGCUACUAUGGCAAACAUUGCUCUCAAAUAUGUCGGUGUUCGAAUAAUAAACCAUGUGAUCAUAUCACAGGGAAAUGUCAGUGUCCUAAGGGAUAUACUGGGCCGUCUUGCACAGAGUUAUGUCCUGAAGGAACGCAUGGUGAACAAUGCGAACAAAAGUGUGAAUGUGGUGAGAACUCUGAAUGUGAUCCUAUAUCUGGAAGAUGCUACUGUAGACCGGGAUACACUGGAGCAGAUUGUAAGACAGGCUGUAUUGAAGGAAGAUAUGGUCCAAACUGCGAGCAUGUUUGUGAAUGUGAAAAUGGAGCUCUAUGUCACAAAACAACUGGAGAAUGCGAAUGUCCUCCUGGACUAAUUGGCACUAGGUGUGAAACUAGUUGCCCUUCUAAGCGUUAUGGAGAGAGAUGCGAGAAAAUCUGCUCGUGUGAAAAUGGAGCCACUUGCGAUCCUUUGACGGGACAAUGCAAAUGCACGGCUGGGUUUACGGGUUUGACAUGUAAUCAAGUGUGUCCUGAUGGACGAUGGGGACCAGGCUGCAAAGAAAAGUGUCGCUGUGCUAAUGGCGCAUACUGCGAUCCAUCGACCGGAGCUUGCCGAUGUAAUCUUGGUUAUGUUGGAGCAACGUGUGAACAGAGCUGCCCUCCAGGGAAAUAUGGCAUGAACUGCACGCUAGACUGUGAAUGUCAUGGAAAUGCAAAAUGUGAUCCCGUUCAAGGGUGUUGCGACUGUCCUCCUGGAAGAUAUGGUACUAGAUGUCAAUUUGUUUGUCCACAAGGCUUCUAUGGCUGGUAUUGUAGUCAAUCAUGCGAUUGUCAGAACGGAGCACUGUGCGACUCCGCUGAUGGGCGCUGUCUGUGUCCACCGGGAUAUCAAGGAGAUCACUGUGAGGAAUCAUGUAAAAAUAAUACAUUUGGACCUCACUGUCAACUUCAAUGUGAUUGCGGCGAUUUUGCUUGUAACCCUAUUGACGGUACAUGCAUCUGCCCUGUAGGAACACAUGGGCCUAGGUGUGAACAGACAUGUCGACCAGGUCGUUAUGGUGAAAACUGUGCUCAUAAAUGCCAGUGCUACAACGGAGCAACAUGUGAUCGAAAAACGGGGAAAUGUGGUUGUUCUCCCGGAUACUUGGGACCAACUUGUCAAUCUGAGCUCUCAGACCAAAACAGUGUUGCGAAACGAGGUGACUUACCUGACGAAUGGGAGUUCCGCCGUAAACGUUAA